AAAUAAACAAAUGAUGUGAAAUGAGGUGAUGAAUGAGGGAUGAGAGCAGAUAUAAUGAUCACACUGUUUAAAGCUGCAGACAGAAACAUCAGACUCAGGACAGAAACACACGACCUCUAAAAAAUGGAGCAAACUCUAUAUUUCAUUCUUCUUCUCAUUGCUCUCUGCUCCGUAUCUGAAUGUGUUCAGCGUCAGUAUCACUUUAUACGUGAGGCGAAGAGCUGGACUGAAGCUCAGAGAUACUGCAGAGAGAAAUACACAGAUCUGGCCACCGUUGACAACAUGAACGACAUGAACGAGGUGAAGAGAGUGAGUGAUAAUCCUAAUGAUUAUGUCUGGAUUGGGCUGAAGAAGACGAGUGUUGAUGAAUGGCGGUGGUCUUCAGGUGAACCUGUGCUCUAUCCGAACUGGGCUCUUGGACAACCAAAUAACAGACACGAGUGUGCUGUGAUGAAGAAUGGACAAUGGCAUGAUGUGUCAUGUAGUAACAGCCAGACUUUCAUCUGCAACAACACGAACACAGGACUCGUCUUUGUCAAUCAGACGAUGAAUUGGAGAGACGCUCAGAGUUACUGCAGACAGAAUCACAUUGAUCUGGUCAGUGUGAGGAACCAGAAUGAGAAACAACAGCUUCAGCAGUUCAUCAAUGAUAGUCACAUAUCUGAUGAUGUCUGGAUCGGUCUGUUCAGAGUCUCAUGGCAGUGGUCAGAUCAGAGUGACUCCUUAUUCAGAUACUGGAGGUCUGGUGAACCUAAUGAUGCUGGAGUUGACAACUGUGCAGCGAUCACUGAUAAUGACGCUCUGAGAGAUUGGAAUGACCUCCUUUGCUACCCCAAAUUUCCUUUUGUGUGUCAUGAAGAAAAACUGAUUCUGAUCAAAGAGAAGCUGACGUGGUCUGAAGCUCUGAGAUACUGCAGACAGAAUCAUGUGGAUCUGGUCUCGGUUCAUUCAGAAGAGAUUCAGCGUGAGGUGAUGAAUGUGGUUAAAUGGGCGUCUACUGGGGCGGUGUGGUUGGGUUUACACAACUACUGCAGCAUGAACAUGUGGCUCUGGUUGAGCGGAGAGAUCGUGUGCUAUCAGAACUGGGCUCCAGGGAACGGAGUAGAACCGGAAGACUGCAACCUCGAGAAGAGAAAAGGAGCAGUUCAGUCUGGAGGAAAUCAGCGCUGGAUCAGCCGUCCUGAGACUGACAGACUCAACUUCAUCUGCAGCAGAAAUUAAGAGUGAAGGAUUCGUUUGUGCUGUUCUUUCACGACUGGCACAUCUUUUUAAAUUGGCAAACACUUUUUGUUCUGCUUUCAUCAGAUAAUGUGUUUAUAUCAGUACAAUGAAAUUAUUUUCUCUAACUGAAGAGUAUCAUAUGAAUCUUUUUAAUAUCAAUGUAAUGUUCUUUUAAAAUACCAGUGUGCACUAUAUAUGUUUUAAAGACCCCAUGAAAUCAAAAUGAGUUUUCAUCUGUGUCUUUUAGAAACAUUUGGAAAUUGCAGUCAUUCUCUUCUGGAAAAAUGGCUCAAUAUUUUUAACACAGACUGUUCAAUCAAACACACUUACAGUCAACUAGACAUUAGAAGAUCAUGAUUCAAGGAUUUGGCAUAAAUCAUAUUGACUAUUUAAAAGAAAAUCAAAGUAAAGCACAAUCACAUCAAUUGAUUUCAUGGGAUCUUGGGAUUCUGGUGGUGUGGAUAUUUUCUUCUACUCCUGUUUCUAGUCAUAUCUUUAAUUACUUGUUUAAAAUGAUUGUGAGCAUCUACAUAUGUGUAUCAAUGAAAUUAAAUAUGGUUUAUUCUUAAAGAAAAGUUAUACAAAUGACUUUAACUAAAGCAUUUUGCAACCUGUAAUUCAACAUCAGCUCAAAUAAACUUCUUUACA